UCGUCAGUUUCAAUCCAGCUAUCGUCACGCGUGUUUCUUCUUCCAUUGUCAUAUGGACGGUGAAGAGUUCGUUUUAAACAAAAGUUGUUGAUUAAUUAAAUUAUUUUCAAGUUUAUUUUUUUUUUUUUUUUUCAAAGUUUCGUAGAUCAGGGAUAGAAAAAUUCGAGUAUCAAGUUUUUUUUUGUCUCUCGUUUUUGGUUUUUAAUUUUUCCAAGAUCGAUCGAUCGAUCUGCGCGAUCGUGUGACUAAAGAAGGGAAAAAGGAUCGCAAUUUAAAUUGCCCGCGAUGUCUUCGGAGGACGACGCUCUGCCGGAAUCGACUGAUCAAUUUUUUGGAUGAAUUCGGUCCACGUUCUUCUUGGAGUAAAAUGUGAUCGACCGUAGAAAGGAUAAUCUCGUAGCAAAAACAGAGAAAAAAAAUUAUAAUUUCAUUCUACGAGAUGUAAAGUGGUGUUCCUUAGAUAGAUGAAAAUGUGCGAUCGUCGUUACCGCGGUAAUUAAAAAAUGCGUUCAAUCGCCGCGCUUGAGGAAAAAAAUAAAAAGGAGAACCAAUCGAAUCGAUCUCCGUGCGACAAAAAGUGCAGCGAUAAAAGUGCGAGUGGGUGUUUAAAUAAAUAAUCCACUUGUGAUUUGAAUAAAAAAAAAAAGUGAAAAUGAGUGAUGGAAGAGGAAGAGUGAUCUGUGCCAGCGGUGCGGGUGGAUUUCAGUGGUAUUUUCACGUCAAUCUGCUGGUGUUCGUGAUAAUCUUUAAUUUUUUAAAUCUACCAAAUUACGCCCAAUGUGCUUCAACCUCACCGGACAAUCAACCGGUUAAAAUAUGUGCCAUGGAUGGUUGUAACUGCACCGUACUAGCCCACAGGUGGACUAAUGUCAAGUGCGUUUUCGCCGCGGAUCAGGAGGUGGAAUUGGGCGAGGGUUCGGUACCAGCCGACGCGAUCGAAGUCGAGGUAUCCAACUGUCGCGAGCUUCGGAUACAGGCCGGAGCAUUUACGGGUGGAAUUCAGUUGCGACGGGUUCACGUUUCCGGUGUUAACAACGUAGUGGCGAAGGGUCAAGCUUUUCAUAACGUCAGUGCGCCAAAUCCGAUGUUCGAGGUAUCGGAGUGCGAGAGUGUUGUGCUCGAGAGUCACGCGUUCAAAAAUUCCCUCGGACCGAUGAGCGUCUCGAUAGCGAGAUGCAAACACGUCAGGAUAAAACCGAACGUCUUUCUGAAGCUACUGAAAUUCACGAUAAAAGAUGUGCCGAAACUCACCAUCUCGAGCAACGCAUUCAAAUUCGAACCGCUGGCACACGAGAGACACGGAGCGGCUACCCAGAUAUUCUUUCAAAGCGUGAAUAUCCAGGAGUUACCGACUAUGGCGUUUCCAUCCACCGCGAUGGAAGUUCGAAUGGACAAUCUGGAAGCAACGGUGAUACGCAAAGACGCUUUUUCAGCGACAAAUAUCCUCAAAGUUGCGAUCAGCAAUGCCACCAUCGGUACCAUCGAAACGGGAGCUUUCAACGGUCGUACUUUAAUCGACAAUCUUGAAUUCGUUGACGUCAGCGUGGGGAGGAUCAAGAGCGCAGCUCUUGUAGCACCUGUCACGAAUUUUACCAUUCAGUAUUCGAGAGUGAAUGAGAUGGAGACAGACGCUAUUAACGCCGUUGCGGCUACCGUGACUCUGAACAACAACGAGUUUCAAAAUAUCGCACGCAACGCCAUUACCCUCGACAAAUGGAGUCACAUAGCGAUACAUCAGAACCUGUUCCACAGCAUCGAGAACGACUCGAUAUCCGUACGAAUAAUUGAAAAUUCGGCGACCGUCAACGAGUUCAUAUUCACGGAAAACCACAUAAUAAACGCUCUCCCCGGUUCCCUCAGAUUCGCCACGCAAUUUCAAUCGAGCGGCGGUUCCCGUAUCGGUGGCAAUUACUUCGCGGAGAAAUGCAACUGCAAUUUGGACGGAUGGAUGAAAAAGUUAUCGGGCGACAACGCCUCGGUGGAUAUAUUGAUGAGUUCCAGUUUGUGCGAGAUAGACGAGACACUCGAGAAGUGUUUCAAAGUACCACUGGGCAGACUGGGGAUGAGAAAUUUCACGAGCGUGAUAUGCGGCGAGGGAAAACCUCACAUAGUGUGCGAAAAACCCGCCUCGAAACCCGAACCUAGCGUUAGUCCUCCGAGCGUCGGCCCCCACGUUUACCCUCGCCAAAAGGGUUACUUCGACGUUGAGAUGAGCGACUCCGAGCAGUUGGAAAGAGAGAAGAGAAUAAUCCUGAUAAUCUGCGCGUCCGCGGCGCUCUGCGUCAUGCUUGUCAUCCUGAUGUUCGGUGUUUUUUACGUGAGGAGACGCGGAGCGUGUCCGAAACUGACCUCCGGACCGUUUUCCGGCCUGGCGUCCUGGAUGUCGCCGACGAACGGGAUGACGGCCGCUACGUCGGCGAGAUCGAUAUCCAGAAUGAGCGUCAACGAAUACGCCGGACUCAGAACGGAGACCAGAGUCCUUGAUCUGGAAGUUCCUCCCGACGAUGAUACGAACAUCGCGGAAGACGGACUCUACGCCUACACGGAGAACAAAGCCACUCAAACGCUCCCCGAAGAACUGACCGAGGAGUACCUGAAAGAUUUGAGAGACCGUCUGGACGAUCCCGACAACUACAGCGAGGCUCGCGACAUGAUCGAACACCUCUACGACCUCAUAAAGGUCGAGGAGAGCUGCAACAACAACAACAACAACAGAAUCGGAGGUUCCGACGCUCAGGGGGUCUACCACGACGUGGUGGUGCGUCCGAGGGGAAGGGGCGGCGUGCCGAGGCCCUCCGCCAGCGUUGGAACCCGCGUUCCAUCGCUCGACAAAUUAUUGCCGUCGCCCGUGGGCCCCAGAUCUCAAAUAGUGGAGUAUUCCGAGCCGAGAGACAGCAAGGCGAGCGAUCAGAAUCACCUCUACGCCGAGCUUUUGGGGGACGAAACGGUACCGAGCACCAGUCGACUUUCCCAGCCGGUUUUGGCGACACUCGCCGGUCGAGCGCAGCACCCGUUGCCGCCGGAAGUCUCGAACGCCGUCGACGACGGUAAAACGAUCGACGGGGUGCAAAAGUCCGCGGGAGGCCAGGGGGCUCGACGCGGUUCCAACGGCGACCAGGGAAAGAGUCAGACGAGACCUCUGAGCUUUUUAAAAGCUCUGGGGGAGAGCAUUCUCGGGAGUUCGGCGUCGAAAAACCAACAAAAAAGGCCGAACGCGCCGUUGCUCUGCGAGUACGCGGAACCCUCCGACGCCGCGUCGCAUCUUUACUCGGAGCUUUCCGAACCGCAAACUCACACCGCGUCCAGACCACCGAGCAAAAUGGCCAACAGACCCUUACCCACGAAACCUGGUGAUCAUAACGAGACCACGCCUAUUAACAAUGCGUAAGACUUCCGUCAAACGAUUAUCUGUGAUAUAAUGUUAUAACGUUCGAUUAAUAUUUAACGAGAAAGAAAAAAAAAAAACCAAGAAAAAAAAAAUGUGGAAGGUAAAUUAAGAAAUUAUUAGAAGACAUUUUAGUAGAGGUUUAGGAUUAUCGUGCGAGCAUUGUUAUAUUGUACUGUCGUACGUUAUCGAUACGAUAGUCGUGUAAGUUUGUAAAACCGAUGUGUAGAAAGAAGAGAGAAAAAUAAGAAGUAUCUGUAAAGUCAAAACGAGCCCUUUUUUUUUCUGUAACUACGCGGCAUCGAUUUUAUUUUUCUUCGUGUAAAUACCGUAUCCGCUGUAAUUGUACUGUAACAUACAUAUAUUCGUAUAGUAUAAAAGUGUUCGAAAUUCCGAAUUUCAUUAAUAUUAUCGCCAGACACUCCAGAAUAUGAUAAGCGAAGUAGAAUGAUUUAACGUUUUAAAACCUGGUAAGAAAAAAAAAUAAAUGCCCUCCCCCCCUAUCCCGCGCCCCUCAAAAAGUCACGGUGGGUCAGCGUUAGUCACGCCGAGUUCACGUCAUUGCUUCUUUUCUAUAUAAUACAGAGAUUGGACCGCGUGUUCUUCUCGGUUCUAAUACACGUGCGGCAUAUAAGAGCAAGCAGUAAGAAAGUGAGUUAUUUCGAUGCUAGCUAGAAAUAUCACGAUUCACGUCGCUCGUGUGUUUUUCGAGCGUCGCACGCGAAAUGUACGCUUAAAGAGAAGACAUCCGGCGAAUGGUUGAAAAAUUCGAUUCGAUGUAAAAAAAUAAUUUUAUUUCUCAUCGUCGAUGGAUUCGAUCAAUCAAAUACCGACGCGAUUGUCGGUUUUAUUUGAUUUUCUCUUCACGAUUAAAGUUGAACGAUUAAUUAUUACAGUUAACGAAAAAGAUUAAUAACGAAUGAAUAAAUGAGCGAAUGAAUAGCCAUUGUUACUAUUCCGAAUACUAUUACACUGCAUACAUUAUACGUUAUAAAUAAAUUGAUAAAUAUAAAUAUAAAUAUAUAUAUAUAUAAAUUAUUGAUUAUCUUUAAUAUUAUUAUUGAAAAUAUUAACGUUACUCUAUCUGUGAAACUAUUUGAGUAUAUAGUACGUGUUGUUGUUUGAUACUGUUAAUUGCGCGAAAGAGUAAACGAACGACAGAAGUGUAAUCUACGAUGCGACGAUCUGAUGAAUAAAUUUACGAGUACGCGGUACGGUGAAUAUUUUUUAUUUAAUUAAAAAUGUUAUCGAUACGAUGAUUACUAGGAUGAAUAGUUUUAAGAGAACGAAGUAAUAUUGUGUAACAAAAAUUUAUAUGUAUAAAUAACCCGCCGUACAUACAUAUAGAUAUAUAUAUAUAUAUAUAUAUAAACUUCCUUAUUCAUUCAGGUAUUAUU